AUGUUAAGAUUCGAUGAGUGUGUAGUAGCUGAAGCCAUGAACAAAGCUGGUGGAAUGGCUCUUUUGUGGAAAGAGGAUGUGACAGUAAAAGAGGUUCUGAUGUCUGCCUUUACCAUUGAGGCACAUGUGGAGGACCAAGAAGCUAACAUUGACUGGUGGUUCAUUGGUCUUUAUGCGAGCUGUGAUAAUCAGAUGAUUGAUAUUGGAUUUGAAGGUCACCCAUGGACAUGGUGUAACAAUUGGGAAGUUGAAGGUGAAAUUAAACAAAGGCUGGACAGGGGGCUCUGCAGUUAUUCAUGGUAUCAGACUUUCGAACAAGUCAAGUGUCAACAUAUGGAGACCUAUGCUUCAGAUCACAGCAUGAUCAUAAUAGACACACGUCCAAGGCCAGGUAAGAGAAAGAAGAGAUUCUAUUUUGAAAAGAGAUGGUUAAAAAGAGAGGACAUUGGUGAGGUUAUUAGGACUGCAUGGGAACUGCAAACUGAAGGAUCAAGAAUGUUCCAAGGAUAUCAGUGCCAGCAAAGGCAGUCUAGCAAUGCUAAAGGGGAAGCUUAUAGAGAAGAGGAAGUGUAUUGGUCACAGAAAGCAAGAAUCCAGUGGCUCAGGGAGGGUGACAAGAACACAAAAUUUUUCCAUGCAACUGUGAAAGGAAGGAGGAGGAGAAAUAGGAUGAACAAGCUACAAAGAGAAGAUGGAUCAUGGACUGAGAGUGAGGACGAACUCAGCUAUGAGGUUGCCAACUAUUAUAGGAAACUCCUGACCAGUAGGGGAGAGGGGGACUUAACUGAGGUACUUGAGGGUAUACCAAACACUAUAACAAUGGAAAUGAAUGAAAACCUCAUCAAACCUGUGGAGGAAGAGGAGAUUAAAUAUGCUCUUUUCUCUAUGAGUCCUGAUAAGGCCCCUGGGGCUGAUGGUAUGUCGCCAAUCUUUUUCCAAAAAUUCUGGGACAUCAUCAAAAAGGAUGUAAUAAAUGCAGUCCAAACUUUUUUUCACAAUGGUCAUCUCUUAAAAAGUGUCAAUCAUACGGUCAUCACUCUCAUACCUAAAGUGCUGAAUCCCACAUCUCUGAACCAGUAUAGACCCAUUAGCCUUUGUAAUACCGUGUAUAAAAUCAUUGCUAAAAUCUUAGCAAAUAGGCUUAAAAAUGUCUUGCAUUGUUGCAUCUGUAAAAACCAAUCAGCCUUCAUCCCUGGUAGGCAAAUUUUGGACAACAUUAUGCUUUCUCAUGAAUAUUUGCACUAUCUAAAAAAUAAAAUGCAAGGUAAGGAUGGGUUCAUGGCUGUGAAGCUGGACAUGUCCAAAGCUUAUGACAGAGUAGAAUGGAGCUUCUUGGAUGCAAUGAUGACCAAAAUGGGAUUCCACAACAAAUGGAGAAACUGGAUUAUGGAAUGUUUAAGGACAGUAACCUACUCUUUUUCUAUAAAUGGGGAUGUUAAAGAAUAUGUUAUCCCAGGAAGAGGCAUCAGACAAGGGGAUCCCUUAUCCCCCUAUCUAUUCCUUCUUUGCUCAGAAGGGUUCUCAAGCCUUAUUAGACAGGCAGCAGGGAACAAGAGGAUAUCAGGAAUGAGAAUUUGCAGGCAGGGACCAAGUCUUACUCAUUUGUUCUUUGCAGAUGAUUCCCUAAUCUUCUGCAAAGCAAACGAGCAGCAAGCAACUGAACUGAUGAGAGUGCUGCAAGUGUACGCAACUGCCUCAGGUCAACUGAUAAACCUGGAUAAGUCUUCCAUACUCUUCAGCAAAAAUAUGUGUCCACAUAAGAAGCAUCACAUCUGUCAUAUUAUGGGAAACAUGCAACAGGUAAAUCAAGGCAAGUACCUGGGGCUACCAAUGGUGGUGACUAGAACAAAGGAACAGAUUUUUGGCUUCGUGCGAACAAACAUACACCAUAGAAUCCUCAAGUGGAAGAAUAGACUUUUAAGAGCAGCUGGAAAAGAGACAAUGCUGAAGUCGGUAUCCAUGGCUAUGCCCACGUACACCAUGUCGUGCUUCAAAAUACCAAAAAGACUAUGCAAAGACAUCAGCUCUCUCAUGUCUAACUACUGGUGGGGGGAAGCAAAUGGAAAGAACAAGGUGUGGAGGAUUCUUACAAGCCCAAACCUCCUGGUUAGUAAGGUCCUGAAGGCCAAAUAUUUCCCUAGGAGCUCCAUAUUUGAGUGCAAAACUCCAAAUAAUGCAUCUUGGAUAUGGAGGGGCCUAAUGGCAGCAAGAAAAGUAGUGGAGCAAGGGGUUAGAAAGAGAAUAGGCAAUGGGAGGACCACACAAAUAUGGGAGGACAGAUGGAUCCCAGAUACUACCACUGGAAGAGUGACAACUAUGAAACAAUGGGAUAGCAGACUGCAUAAGGUGGAAGACCUGAUCAUCCAGAAGAGAUGGAACAGAAAUUUGGUGUUCCAGUAUUUUAAUAAAGAGGACGCAGAACGAAUCUUGAGCAUUCCAAUAAGUCUCGUUGGAAGAGAGGAUAGCUACUUCUGGAUACACGGUGAAGAUGGAAGAUACUCAGUCAGUUCUGGGUACAAGCUGUUGGUAUCCAAUAAAGAAAGGUCACAAGAAGAGAGUCAGAGGGAGGUAUCAACAAGCUGGGGGAAACAAACUCACAAGAUGUGGAAAGUAAUAUGGAGACUCAAGCUCAAACACAAGCUGAAGAUGUUCCUAUGGAAAUGUUUGAAUAACGCACUGCCUGUAAUGGAGCUAAUCCACGGUAGAACCAAAACUGGUGACCCCAUUUGCAGAAGGUGUGGGGAAGAAGUAGAGACGGUUGAGCACUUGCUACUGAACUGCAGAGAAACAAAACAUAUCUGGCACAUUGCCCCAAUCCAAUGGGAAGGGAUGCAAGAACAUCACGGCUGUUUCAAAAGAUGGUGGAUCUCUGUCACGGAGGCAAGGCAUAGGUUAGCAGGAUCGCAACAUCUGGCCUUAACUGUCAACAUUCUUUGGCAGAUUUGGAAGGCUAGAAAUGACAUGGAAUUUACAGGGAAAGUCCAUCAGCCCUGGAAGAUUAUAAAGAAAGCACAGGAGGAAUGGCUACAAUUUGAUGAAGUUGCAAAGAUGGAAGCUAGGAUGAGCACAGGAGAAACAUCAACUCAUAACAAUGAAGACCAGCAUUUAGAGCCGGAAGAGGGAACUGUGAAGAUGAUAGUUGCGGCAACAAGACAAACAGACAAACCUAUCUUAGGCAUUGGAAUCACUGCAGCUGAAAGGAACCAAGAACCAAUGAUAGGAUGGGCGCUAAACGAAAGAAGCUUAGGGGUACAGCUAGUGGACGAUGCAGUAGCAUUAAAACUGGCUAUGUGCAAAGCAACUACAUUGCACCAAAGGAAAGUACAGUUCCAAGUGAAGAACAGGCAACUCCUCAAUCAUAUUCGAACUCAGAAGGCAAGUGACAGCAGAAUAGCAACGCUGGUGGAAGACAUUGUACAGUUGAAAAGGUUGUUUCAUAUGUGCUCCUUUUGUCUAACUAGUAGUGAUAAAAAUUAUCUAAGCUCUAGUAUCAGCAUGUAUGCCUUAGGCAUCACAAUUGAUGAGGAAUUGAUGUUUCCUCGGUGUUAA